AAUUCAUGGCUGGCACCAUCACAAGACAUUACACUGAGCAGCCAUGCAGGUGUCCCAGAUCAGCAGCCUCACCAGUGCAAUGGUGAAAUACUGCGCCGCAGUCAGACACAUGGAGCAGGAGGUGAUGUUCCCCAGCCUUCUCCGUGAUGUCCCCAUGGAGCAGAAAGGUGACUGUGCAGAGCACGACUCAGGGGACCUGUAUGAUCACUACAUCCGGCUGAAAACCAUCAGAAUCAGUCUGGAGAGCGGACUGGUGCCACUCAGUAUCCAGCACAAGGACCUGGAAGCAACAACAUUGGGCACAGCAGACAAUGAAACCCUUUUCUACCAUCACUUCACUGGUCUAUUCUCCAUCCUGGGACAACUGACCAACGAAUCCAACGCCCUGACCAACAGAUACAACAAUAUCAUCGGCACAGCGAGGGGAGCAUAAAGAGAGCAAGCCUCAGUUUCCCUGCACUCUAACCCAUAGCAACAAAAGGAACUGUCUCAGAGCUACUUAUGGAAGUAACCAAACUGGUUAAGGACAGGGGGCUGGGUUUGUUUCAUGUGUUUCCAUGCUGCCCAAAUAAAGAGAAAAUGUGCAGGGAUCAAA